UCUCGCACGCCAUACUGAGGAAGUAGAACGGUUGUCUCAUGAUGUUGAAAUGAUUAAAAAGUUAGCUUUUGUUAUUUCCCUUUCUUAACAAAAAUGUGGCUGUAUAUAUAUUUCAUCGUUGUUUUGAGCCUGUCAGUGAAAGAUUCAUCAGCAAUUUGCCCAUGCGUGCGAGAGGAGCUAUGUCAACCAAUUCAGCAUAAGCGAGAGUUUGAGGUUUUUGUCUUUGAUGUGGGUGGAAAGUCAUGGAAAUUGUAUGACUGGUCCAAAGUGACGACAAUUGCUGCCUUUGGAAAGUAUGACGCAGAGCUUAUGUGUUAUGCCCAUUCCAAUGGAGCACGUCUUGUUUUGAAAGGUGAUGUGCCCCUCCCAGAUAUGGUGGAAGAUGCCAAAAGGACAGCUUGGAUCAAGGAGAAGCUUAAUUUAGCAAAGAUCCAGUUUAUGGAUGGUAUAAACAUUGACAUUGAACAGGCUGUAGAAGAGUCUUCCCCUGAAUACUAUGCUUUAACAGCGCUUGUCAAAGAGACAACAGACAUGUUCCAUAAAGAAAUUCCAGGCUCUCAGGUGUCCUUUGAUGUGGCUUGGUCACCUAAGUGUAUUGAUAAGCGUUGCUAUGACUACACUGCAAUUGCAGAUUCUUGCGACCUUCUCUUUGUAAUGUCUUAUGAUGAACAAAGUCAGAUCUGGGAGGACUGCAUCGCAAUGGCAAAUGCACCCUUCAAUCAAACGCUAGCAGCAUAUGAUCAAUACAUUGCAAUGAAAGUAGACCCAAAGAAACUUGUGAUGGGAGUUCCAUGGUAUGGUUAUGACUACCUGUGCCUAAACUUUUCACAGGAGGGGAUCUGCACAAUCCCUAAAGUGCCUUUUAGAGGGGCUCCUUGCAGUGAUGCAUCUGGAAGACAAAUCCCCUACAGCACUCUGAUGAAACAGAUAAACUCUUCCAUGUCUGGGAGGCUUUGGGAUGAGAUCCAGCUCGCUCCCUAUUACAAUUACAAGGACAACAAGGGCAAGGUCCAUCAGUUGUGGUAUGAUGACCCAGAGAGCAUCUCCCUGAAGGCUGCUUAUGUGGGACAGCAGAGUUUGAGGGGGAUUGGCAUGUGGAAUGGAAAUCUCCUUGACUACAGUGAUGACCCUGUUGCCAAGCAGCAAAGUGCUGACAUGUGGAAUGCCCUCACACCAAACCGAAAAGCGGUGUCUUUAGCAGUCUCCUAGGAGUCUAUAGCUAUGUCUGCUACCCUAUAUAAAACUCUGUCUUGGGUCUAAAAGGAGUGAAGAUUUGAGAUUUAUUGUAAUUGGUAGAUUUAACUGCUUUUUUAUUGCAUCAGUAAUAAUAAUUGACAUUUCUGCAAGAACACAGUGCCUUCUGGCUUAAUUAAAUGCAGUUUUGAAAUUUAAAACCAA